CCCAGAUUUUGUAUUGGCUGUAAGCAAAACCAGCUAGCUGGAAGAUCUUACCUGCAAUGGGAAGCCUGACUUCUAGAGCGCUGUCCCUCACUCUCCUUCACGCCAUACCUCUGGGUCUAUGAUCUAGGAAUGUUGGACAUUGGCCUACUUGUAUCUGCCAAUGUGACCGCUUGACAGGGCUUGACUCGUUGGUCUUGGUGGGGGUGCUGGCACUACGGGACAGGAGCCAGAUAGAGGAUAAGGGUGGGUACCAGAGACGGUGACUUUGGGGCGUUGGCUGAACGUGUUCUUGCAAACUUUGACCACUCCGUGGACACCAGCAGGGUAAAGAUGAGGCGCUUUCUGAGCCGUAAAGGCCGCUUCUCUCUUCGCCAGAGCAAGUCUGGACCUCGCGGCGCCUCCAAAGAUUUCUAUGAUGCUUUCCGUCAACAAAUGGGCUGUCCUCCAAUGAAUAUUCCAAUGAACAUCAACCUGACCCUUCCGGCAACCAAUCAGAACUGGCCCGAGGAGUUUGGGUUCACUCUGGGUGGCGCGGGCCCUAGCUACAUCCUGUCUGUGGUUGAAGGCAGCAGUGCCUACCUGGCGGGCCUGCAGCCUGGAGACCAGGUGGUGGACAUUGAAGGCCAGGAUGUGUCCUCUCUCAGUACCCAGGCCUUGGUGGCCCUGGCACAGACACUGAAGACUGUCCCCCCCAGCAUCGGAGUGGUGUCACGCAUAGAACAGAUGGACAUCAACCCAGGCCCUGAUGGCCGUUUUGGCUUCACCAUUGUGGGAGACUGCCCCCUGUUGGUGGAUGACUGCCUGCCCAACUCCCCGGCGGGCCGAAGCGGCCUCCGGGCUGGUGACUAUGUGAUGGAGGUCAACGGGAUCCCUGUCAAGCAUCAUGAAACUGCUGCAGCCAUGAUCAAAGCUGCACAGGGCCGCCCACUGCGCCUGGGUGUGCUUAGUAUGAGACGGAGGAUCAAGCGCCUCAGUCACAGCAUGAAGGAGGUGUCUCUGAGCGGGGAUAGCAUCAGACAGGACCGCGCGCACAAGGCCCUGGAGUUUAACAAGAAGGUGGAGGAGGUCCUUGGUGAUGACCCUGAUGUGAAGGAGCAGUUGUUUGGGGUUCUGAAACAGUAUGCAGCCGAGCGUAACGUGGAGAACCUAGCCGAAGCCCUCCCCGACAUCUUAGUUAGUGAAGACCAUCAGCAGCUGAUUGACAGCGUCAGGAUCUUUAUCCCCAAGAAGCACCGGGAACGCUUCGACGAGGUCGUGUCCCAGAGCCUGAUGGGCCGGCUCAAGGGGCGGAGCUUCAGCGAUCCGAACCGCAACCGCCUACGCCGGAGUCGCAGCGAGGACCACCCGGAGCGCCUGCUGGUGUCCACCCGCGCCAGCUCUGUCCCCCGAACGCACGCCGAGGAGAGCAUGGCGCCCCCUGGCCGUGGCCUCAGAAAGACUACCUCCCUGACUGCAGGGCACGUCAACGCUGCGCCCCCUCGCAGGACAGUUCGAGUCUGCAAAGGCAACCUGAGUUUUGGAUUCACCCUAAGGGGCCAUGCACCUGUAUGGAUCGAUUCAAUUAUCCCAGGAAGUCCAGCAGAGAAAGCAGGACUCAAACCUGGAGACCGCAUCUUGUUUCUCAAUGGACUUGACAUGAGGAGUUGUUCACAUGAGAAGGUCGUCUCCAUGCUGCAGGGCAGCGGUGCCAUGCCCACCCUGGUGGUGGAAGAAGGUCCCACCGGCUUUACACUGGCAGAGCCGGAGCAGCCAGGAGGUCCAGGACGGGUGUCCCCAGGUGGAGGCGUCCCACGUUCCCCAGUGCUCAGCUCUCUGCAGUGGGUGGCUGAGAUCUUGCCCCCCUCUAUCAGGGUCCAGGGACGCACCUUCGGACAGCAGCUGGAGCACCUGCUCACCAUCCAGGAAAGAUACACCAUCUGCAAAGCCCUGGAGAACUUCUUCCAGCACAGGAAUGUGGACACCUUGAUCGUGGACGUGUUCCCGGUGUUGGAUACACCAGCCAAACAGGUGAUCUGGCAGUUUGUCUACCAGCUGUUGACCUAUGAAGAGCAAGAGCAUUGCCAGAGCAAGAUCUCACGCUUCCUUGGGUACAAGGCUGCAGCGCCAGCCCCCCCACCUGAGCCAGAGCCCGCCCCCGAGCCCCAUCGCCGUAGCAGCUCCAUGAGAGUGACAGGAACCGCCUACAGGGCCAGCAUGCGUGGGCGGAGCUCUGACGACCUUGUCAUCGGCACUCACCUGGGGAUGGGGGUCCGUACUGAUCCGAUGGAGAUGGGAAUGAGACUGGCUCCAGGAGAAAGGCAGUCAGGGGAUGGGACAUCCCUCCCAGAGACCCCAAACAACCUCACCAAUUUGUCUGCAGUGUAUGCUGAAUUAGAGAAUGUGUAUUCAGGGAAGCGGUCCAAGUCCCUGAAGGCUCGAGCUCCUCCGUCUGCGGACAGUCUGAUGGAACUCGAAGUUCUCCAACACGCAGGUUCUCCAUCCAUGCAUGCUAACACAGCAGGUAGCCGUAAGGGCCCUCCACCAGGCUGGCAGGAGCCCCUCCCAAGCCCCCCUCACCAAGUCCAGUACUACCCCCCAGGUCUCACCUCCCAGACCAGUGCCGACUCCAACCCCUACAUCAGUCUGGACAGUCCCCCUCCCUCACCCCCAAACUACCCUGCCAGUCCACCUUCACACGCACGCCUCAAUAAGAGGCGCUACACGUUUUCCCAUCUACCACACACCUAUGAUACGGACCGCUUCCUGGAUGCACUGACUGAGCAACUGGGUCAGAGGGUCGCCAAUGUUGAUGACUUCCUGUCACCUGAAAAUGACUACGAGGAGGAUGUUGUCCAGAUGAGCUUCCCAGAUGAGGACGAUGAGGACGAAGAGGAGGUGGGUGUGGAUGAUGAAGAUAGAGAUGGGGGUUUCAUUGUACCCCCUGAGCUGAGCAGCCCCAGUGAGUGCCAGAGCAGCAGUGGCGAGGACGCCUCCUCCCUUACUUACUCCUCCUCCUCGGAACACAUCCCCCCUCCUCCGAUGACCCCACCACCACCUCCACCUGUCCAAUUUAAUGACCCUCCUCUAUCCCCAAGCUACAAUGCCACCCCUCAACAGUCUCCCAGAAUUCAACUGCCUUUCCGCCGUCACCCUGGGCCACCUCCAGCCCCACCUCCUCGCUCCAAUCCGCCACCGAAACGGCAGUCAAUUCACAAGGUGCUUCCAACCCGUGAGGACUUGCUAGCCCAUGCUGCAAUUCAGGAACAAAAAGCAUACCAGGAGAAACAAGCAUUCCAGGAACAACAAUCAUUCCAGGAGCAAAAGGACUUCCAGGAGCAACAAGCUUUCCAGACGCAACAAGCAUACCAGGAGCGACAUGCAUACAAGGAACCACAAGUGUUCCAGGAGCAGCAAGUGGCCAAUGAGAAAAAAGGGUUCCAGGAACAACUAUCUUUACAGGAGCAACAAGCAUAUCAAGAGCAGCAAGCAUAUGAGGAACAAAAAGGAUACCAGGACCAACACGCGUUCCAAGGGCAACAAGCAUACCAGGACCAACAAGUGUUCCAAGGGCAACAAAUAUACCAAGACCAACAAAUGUUCCAAGGGCAACAAGCAUACCAGGACCAACAAGCGUUCCAAGGACAACAAGCAUACCAGGACCAACAAGCGUUCCAAGGGCAACAAGCAUACCAAGACCAACAAAUAUUCCAAGGGCAACAAACAUACCAGGACCAACAAGCGUUCCAAGGACAACAAGCAUACACAGACAAACAAGCGUUCCAAGGGCAACAAGCAUACUCGGACCAACAAAUGUUCCAAGGGCAACAAGCAAUCCAGGAGCAACAAGCAUAUCAAGAACAACAGGUGUACCAGGAGCAACACAUUUACCAGGGGCAUCAAUCAUUGCCUGCUCAGCCCUCACAUUCUGCACAUCCCCUUCAGCAGCUCCAUCAGUCACUGCCCCCCCUCCCCUCUCCGGAGGCAGCUCACACUCAUCCAGACCACACAGGCAAUGCACUCUACCAGAUGCACCCAUCUCAUAAACAGACUCACCGUCAGAGCCGCCGUCAAACUCGCUCAGCCACAUCGCCUCACAACGCCCCAGCCCGUUCCCCUGUUCAUCCAGAUAGGCAGAGUCAGUUCUCAGAAGAAAUCUAUCAGAGUCUCCAUCAUACACAGUCACAUCACUCAUCCAUUGAACUCCUUCACCAAGCUCAUCAGGUCCAACACCACCACUCGUCCAUGGAGCUUCUUCAUCAAGCCCAUCGAAAACAGCAGCAUCACUCAUCCACGGAGCUCCUUCAUCAAGCCCAUCAAAUACGCCAAGAUCAGCCUCUUCCUCCACACCCAGAUCAGGAUAUCCACCAAUCUGGUCCAAAUCCUCAGAGCCAUCAGAUUCACCCGUCCACCCAUUCCUGCCACCAGGGUCAGCAGACUCAUCAGACUCGCCAGUCCCUCAAGUCUCAUCGCACUCAUCAGUUAUCUCCACAGCGUCCUCACUCCAUCCAGCAGACUUACCAUCACACUCCCCAGAUCCAACACAUCCAUCACCAGGUCCCUCUUCAGCCCACUCAGCCAGAGCUCCAUCAGAUCCACCUCAUACACCAGCCAACCCAUCAGCGCCACCACCCCCAACCCACCUUGUCCACCUUCCAGCCCCUACCGCCUCACCAACCCACUCUGUCCAGUUUCCAGCCUCUGCCCGAACUCCAUCCCCACCAAACCCAUCAGGUCCACCCCUCUAACCAGGGCCGUCCUCAGUCCCAGCCCUCUCAGCGACUGCUCCAAUCCCAGUCUAACCACCAAUCCUCCCAGUCGCAUCACCAUUCCCACCACCAAUCCCAGUCUCAGCCCAAGCAACAUUCCCAGUCCCAGAAUAACUUGGACCAGUUAGGGCAUCAGGAGCCCCCUCCUCCUCCACCCCUGCCCCCUCCCGGAACUCCGCCUCCGCUGCCUCGCAACAGCCUUCCAAAAAUGGACUCCAACCAUAUGAGUGUAAAGCGGCUUCGCUGGGAACAGGUGGAGAACUCUGAGGGCACCAUCUGGGGACAGUUAGGAGAGGAUUCUGAUUAUGACAAAUUGAAUGACAUGGUGAAGUAUCUGGAUCUAGAACUGCACUUUGGAACACAAAAGAACCCCAUUUCUCCUCCAGAGCCUGUCCCCCAGCUGGAGACCUUCAAGAAGAAAGAGGUGGUUGAGAUUCUCUCACAUAAAAAGGCCUACAAUGCAUCCAUCCUGAUUGCACACCUGAAGCUUUCCCCGGGUGAGCUCCGCCAGGUGCUGAUGAACAUGGCCACAGAACGGUUGGAGCCGGCCCAUAUCAAGCAGCUGCUGCUUUAUGCCCCUGAUGCGGAGGAGGUUAGGCAGUAUGAGCAGUACCGACAGGACCCGGCAAAGCUUAGCGAGCCUGACCAGUUCGUACUGCAGAUGCUUUCAGUGCCGGAGUACAAGACUCGUUUGAGAAGCCUCCAUUUCAAAAGCACUUUGCCGGAGAAGACGGAGGAGAUGAGAGUGGGAUACGACUGCAUCUACAAUGCCUCCAUGGAGCUCAAGACAAGCAAGAAACUGGCCAAGAUACUGGAGUUUGUUCUGGCAAUGGGGAACUAUCUGAACAACGGUCAGCCCAAGACAGGCAACAAGACCACUGGGUUUAAGAUCAACUUUCUCACUGAGCUCAGCACCACAAAAACAGUGGAUGGGAAAUCGACGUUUCUGCACAUUCUCAUCAGGUCAUUGAGUCUUCACUUUCCCAAUGUCCUGGAUUUUGCCAAGGAUCUUACCACAGUUCCCCUGGCCGCCAAAGUGAACCAAAGAACCCUCACAUCUGAUCUAAAUGACCUUCACACUACCAUCCAGGACAUCCGGACUGCGUGCCAGAAAAUGCCUGCUACCGCAGAUGACCGCUUCUAUGCCGUCAUGAGUGGUUUCCUGGAGAACAUCCACCCCGCAUUACAGUCUCUGGAGUCCCUACAGCAGAGGGCUAUGGAGGAGUUUUCCAAGACAGCCUCCUUCUUUGGAGAGGACAGCCAGACCACUAACACUGAGAGCUUCUUUGGGAUCUUCGCCGAGUUCCUCGCCAAGUUUGAGAGAGCUCUCAGUGAGAACCAAGCAAAUGAGAACCCUCCUAAGAGUCCAAGGAGCCCAAGAAUGGCCUCACCACUGGCCUGGUGAACAAGUAGGCAGUGCAGGCUAGCAGAUAGAAAGGCAAGCAGGCAGGAAGGCUAGCAGGCAGGCAUACAUACAUUUAUAACAUACACACACAGAUGGCAAUAAUUGAGCUCACACUGACUCGCAGACAGAUACACACACACAUUCACAACCACAGAAUGUUGGAAUUCUUGUACAAAUCGUGACCUGCAGCUACUUUAACCUCUUUAUCUUACAUGGUUAUAGAUUGCUCCUUCUGAACAGACAAAUACAGGGUCAAUGUUGUUUUUUUAUAGUUGUAUAACUGAGCAUGUUAUUUGAUUUAUCUAAAUGCAAAGAUUCAUGAAAUGGAAUAAGAAUGUGACUAUAUCAGUAACUAUUUUAACCCACCUGUUUGUAUGUACAAUGAUAUUAGAACUUUAGAAAAGCUUAGUUCCAAAAUGGUAUUUACACUUUAAGAAAUGUUGGGACAUUAUUUAUCAAAACACCUUGUGAAUGAGAUAGAGCAGUCUUUUUUUAUAUUAUCAUAACAUGGGCAAGUUCAAAAAAGAAUUAUAGAAAGCUAAUUUUAUUUUAGAGAGACAAUCUUGUUUUUUGCUUAGCACUACAUAUUCGCCUCACUCUCAGGUAAAUAAGUAGUAUUGCAAUGUUUUACAAAGUCAAUGGGAUAAAGAACUACAUUGUCAAUAAAGAACAGUACACAUUAUACAUUUUUACAACAAUCUUUAAAACAUGUUUUGAGUGACUCAUGACAGUAAUAUGAGAACUGUAUAUAAAUUAUUAAAAUGUAACAUUUUUGUCAUGUAGUGGAAAAAAAUGCAAAUGUGAAAAAUGUACUUGCAUCUUGUUUAGGAAUACGUUUUUACAUUAAUAAUCCAGCAAGUAUGUCUACAAAACAUGUUCAGCUUCAAGAAACAAAAUAUUCCAUAUGGACUAUAGUUUCAUAACAGAGAUCUAUAUAUUAUUAAAUCACAUUUCAAACUCCAUUUGUCUUGUCACAAAUACCACAAAUUGUGAUGAAUAACAAAGUUUCCCUCUAACUCUAUGAAUGUUUGCUGAUGAAGUGGACAGUUUACUGUACAUACUGUACAAUAUCAGAACUAAAAGUCCUAUAUACAAAUGAGCAUUGUUAGAAAAGGUCUGACACAGAUGUUAACAUACAGAUUCUCUAUAGAAGCAUAGCCCUUGUUAAACUGAUAACCUGCUUUGUUAAAAUAACGUGCCAUGUUAAGUAUCCUAACCUGCUAUCUUAGUCCUACGAACUUUCUACCAUUUCUUUGACUAAUGCAUUUAUUGCUCCUGCUUUGUGGAUGGAUAACCCUAAAGCAAGAUAUCUCAGUAGCUUUUUGUAGAUGGUGGAAGGAACAAUAAGCAGGAAGGAACAAUAAGUAUACCAAAGCCAUACAUUAGGGGGAAACACUAUUUUGACAGUCCCAAAAGCACUAAAGAUUAUCUACUGACUAUCAGUAACAUUUUAACUAUCUACUAAACCUUACUCUUAUCUUAACCUUUAUCCCAACCCUAACUGUAGCCCUAGCUUUAGCAAACCCAUAUUGGAGCCAGAUAUUAUAUAGGAACCAGAUAUUAUAUAGGAACCAGAUAUUAUAUAGGAACAAGCAUUCGGUUGACAUUGUAAACAGUAAUAAUUUGACUUUUGUUUCCAAAACAUGCUGUAGCUUUAUACUGAUAUUUCACUUUCGAUUUUCUGACCAAAAUUUAUAAAGUGGCUAUACUCACUGGGCCUAAAAUCUAUCUCUUCUAUAUUUUUGGAAUUAAGUGUAUAUUGUAUGAUAUCCAAUGCAUAUUUAUUGCACAUCUACUAAAGAAAAGUAAGUGUAAAUAAAGAUGGCUGUAUUUGUGGUGUUAAAUAUGCGUGCCUCUCUAGCUGCGUUCCCAAAUACAACUGAAUUUUGAUAUACUGCAUCCCCAGUAAAACUCCAUUAGGAGUCAUCAUGUUCUAUCAUGAUUUACACACUUUCUUUUUGAUUGUUAUUGGAGAAUGUGAGAGUCCUUAACUCAAAAGUAUAAUCAAAAACAAAUAGAAUUGGUUCCUAUAAAAAUAUUUUACGAGCCCCAAAACAAAUCUAUUAGUAGAGUUCAUACUGACAUACAGAAAAAAUGCACAAUGCCAUUUGCUGUUAUCAACACUUUUGUUGUUGAUUUUCUACAUUUUCAUGUCGAUGUUGGCAUGAUGUACCUUAAUUUUAAUGUUUGUACUUCAAAGAGGUACAUCAAUUCCAUGAAGCACAUUACAUUACAUGCUGCAACUCUAUUGGCUAAUGAUGUUAAUGCGUAACCUUAUCAAAUAAUUUUUCAGCACAUCAUUCUCUUGCUAGUUAUGGACUAUUCUUGGACAUCACAUUCGAUAAACAACACUGCCCUUUAGCAUCUUACACAUAAGAUAUUUUCAGAAUAUAAUUUUGGAAUAAUCUUAGGCAAGAUAAGGCAACUGUUUAAUAAAAAGGAAAAUAAAUACACGCUACUAUUGAUAUUAAUAACAUGUUGAUAAGUUAUUGCAAUUUUUUUUUAUCUGUAUGUUUGGGAUGUUUAUUUCUGACUUGCGUUAUCUGAAUACCUAUUCACAUUCAGCAUUGUGCUAUUUAAAUUUUUGCUCUCAAUUUAAGGCUAUCUUUAUGUUUUGUAUUAUGACUAAUAAUGACCAAUGUUGACAAUUAUAAAGACUGAUUCGUAAACAUUGUCCUGAAUCACUGUUUCUUCAUGUUAUCCAACAUUAGAAUUGGCUUAACAAAACAUAACUCAUGAUCUAACAUUUUACAACCUGUGAUAUGUUUUUGAUACUGUAUGUGAAGAGGAAACAUGUUAAUGAUGAUCAGUGAGAUACUACAGAGAUGACCCGAUGCAUCCUGGUAUAUAAAGACAAGUGUUAGAGCCAUGGUUAAGUUAAAGGAUAGGAUGAGGUUUAAUGUUAGCCUUAGUAGAUAUUUAUUUGAAAUGAAAUGCUUGCUAAGAUUGACUUGCUUAUAUCUUUCUAUAAGAAUCAUCAGCACAGAAUACCAUUUCAUUCUAGAACUACUGUCAAAGAUCAACUACAGGGGUGUCAAAAGGACAUAAGGGAAGGUGUACAUAAAAUGUGCAGGUUUUGCAACUUAACCAUCAACUUUCAUUCUAC